UUGAUGACCUAUGAUCACAUAGAAAUUACCUUUAGUGACAUUGAACCUAUGCCAGAUGCCUUCAAAGGGACCAAGAAAGGGAGCGUUUUCUUGACUCCUUACCGAGUUAUCUUUGUAUCGAAGGGAAAGGAUGCUAUGCAGUCUUUCAUGAUGCCCUUUUAUUUGCUGAAAGAUUGCGAGAUUAAGCAGCCUGUCUUUGGAGCAAAUUAUAUCAAGGGUACAGUGAAAGCGGAGGCAGGAGGCGGCUGGGAAGGAUCCGCCACGUUCAAGAUGACCUUUUCAGCCGGGGGCGCUAUCGAGUUCGGGCAGCGCAUGCUGCAGGUGGCGUCGCAAGUCUCCAGAGGUGAAAUACCCAACGGCGCUUACGGCUAUUCCUAUAUGCCAAAUGGAUCCUACGCUUUCGCACCAGCUGCAGCUAAUGGGGGCUAUCCGUACCCACCUCCUCCUCCUGAGUUUUAUCCUGGCCCUCCUGUGGUGGAUGGAGACAUGGGUUACAUGCAGCUUCCACCCCCGCCGUACCCAGGGCCCAUGGAACCCCCCGUCAGCGGUCCAGACCUGCCCGCCACUCCCGCAGCUGAAGCGAAGGCUGCCGAAGCUGCUGCCAGUGCUUACUACAGCCCAGUCAACCCCCAUAACGUCUACAUGCCCACGGACCAGCCACCCCCUCCUCCGUACUUCCCACCAGAGGACAAGAAAAACCAAUAAGCUAACACAGAACUUCUCUACAACUCAUUGCUUUCUUACUUCCCAUUUUGGCAGAAUCUCGGGGCAUGGUCCGUAGCACUGAGGAGUAGAGCCUUCCCCCAAGGCACAUAGCUUUCAUGGACUUUAGUGGUAGAUAUGGGCAGAGCAAGGGGAGAGAUUUCAGCAGCCUGGGUUACCUCGCAGAGCUCUGAGGG